AUGCGCAACCUCCAGGCAAACGUCGACCUCACCGACGCGUCCCCCGUCGACUUCCCGCGCGGCGCCCUCUCCCGCCUCCAGUGGGUCGACACCGACUUCCACGGCUACGAAGAGUGGCACGAGUCCGUCCUCCAGCCCAUGCACUUUCUCCGCCGCAUCCGCUUCGGCGCACCCAAGCUCGUCCGCGGCGACAACCACGGCCACGGCAGCUUUGACCUCCUCAACGACACCACCACCCAGGUCGUCACCGUCGACCGCUUCGCAAGGCAGGCCUUUGGCGACACCGGCCGCGCCAUCAUCCGCCGCAUGGCCGCCACCGCCCUCCCCGACCACCGCUUCCUCAGCUCCACCUACAUGGUGCACUGCAGCUCGUCGCGCCACGUCGCAAGGUCCCUAAAGGCCCGCAUGCGCCUCUACAGCGUCGCACUGCCCAACCUCCAGCUCUACGAGAUCCACCUGACCGACGCCAGCUCCAAAAACGGAGGCCGCACCUACCCGCGCACCUUUUGGCGGCGCGUGCGCGAAAAGAUCCUCGACAUCACCUACCCCAUCCACUUUGCCAUCGCCGUCUACCACGUGCGAGGAGAGGAGCUCGCAGAUUGCCCCAACUGGGACGUGGGCGACUACCGCGAGCGCGCGUCGGACAUCAGCGACGACGGCCAGGAGGACGAGGGAGGCGAGGAGGGCGAUGGGAGAGGGCGUCGGCCGAGGCGCAACGAACACGACUACGAAGACACGCCGCCCGCCUCGCCUGCGUCCGCGCCGCCCGCCCUGUCCAACUACGUGCCCACCCGCAGCGGCGAAGGGCUCGAUGCGCGCGCCACCAAGCGAUCCCGACGCAGCCUAGCCGCAUCGUCAUCAGCCAGCGCAUCCGCAAGCGCAUCGGCAGCACCUUCAUCGUCUUCGUCGUCGUCGGCCGCGCCGCAGCAGCACUGGGAACCGCCCAUGAUCCUGCCGCCGUUUUCGCGCGAGUGGCAGCCCAUCACGCUCGAGGGCGGGCUCAAGUCGCUCCCCUUCCUGCCGCCCAAGGAGCCGCACCCGUACACCCUCUUUGUCGACCAGGCGCGCUCCGCAUCGGUCCCGGCUGUCCAGGGUCCGAGCCGGAUCAGGACCUACGAGAGAGGCACCGUCGAGUGGCUCCGUCUCGUCGCGCGUAACCUCGAACAUGGGCGGCAGGACCUCCGUCUGUGA